GGGCCGGUUGGCCGACCUUCCUCCCUAUCCCCCCCCUCCCUGCGCCCGGCGGGGGGGCGGUUGUCGGCGGGGACUGCCCGGUUCCCGUGGCAACGCGGGGCGCGGCGGCGCAGGCGGCCGGGCGGCGGUCAUGGGCAGCUGGGCCGCGGCGACAUGGCGGCUUGGUGGCUGCAGCGCGCGCGGCGGCCUCCACGGCGUACCGCGGCGGCGGGGCAGCUCCCUCCCCGGCGGUGGGGACCGGGCGGCGACCCUGAGCGACCUGCUGCAGAGCUCGGUGGGGGCCGAGGAGCCGGUCGCGGCGGCGGCGGCGGCGAGGCGGGAGCGGCGGUCCCCCCGGGAGGGCACGGUGCUGCUCUUCCCCGGGCAGGGCAGCCAGUUCGUGGGGAUGGGCCGCGGGCUGCUGCGGUAUCCCGCCGUGCGGGACAUGUACCGCCUGGCCGAGAAGGUGCUGGGCUACGACCUGCUCUCCCUCUGCCUGGAGGGGCCGCAGGACGAGCUGGACCGCACCCGGCACUGCCAGCCCGCCGUGUUCGUCGCCUCCCUGGCCGCCGUGGAGAAGCUCAACCACCAGCAGCCUAAAGUGGUGGAGAGCUGCGUGGCGGCGGCGGGGUACAGCGUGGGGGAGUUCGCGGCGCUGGUCUUCGCUGGAGCCCUGGGCUUUGCCGAAGCGCUGUACGCGGUGAAAGUGCGUGCCGAAGCCAUGCAAAAGGCGUCGGAAGCUGUCCCCAGUGGAAUGCUAUCGGUUAUCGGUCGGCGAGAGGCAAAUUACAAAUUUGCCUGUUUGGAAGCCCGUAAACACUGUGAAUCGCUGGGUAUAGAAAACCCCGUAUGUGAAAUUUCAAACUAUUUGUUUCCAGACAGCAGAGUCAUUGCAGGACACUUACAGGCUUUGGAGUUUUUGCAGGAGAAUGCCCGAAAAUAUUAUUUUACACGUACAAAAAUGCUUCCGGUCAGUGGGGCUUUUCAUACCAGACUUAUGGAACCAGCAGUAGAGCCACUGGCUGAAGUCCUAAAAUCGAUUGAGAUUCAGAAACCGCUGCUCUGUGUCUAUUCCAAUGUUGAUGGCAAAAAGUACAUGCACUCAAAGCACAUUCAGAAGCUGUUAGUGAAGCAGGUGGUUUCACCUGUUAUGUGGGAACAGACCAUGCAUUCUGUAUAUGAAAGAAAGCAAGGAACAGAAUUUCCUUACACGUACGAAGUGGGGCCCGGGAAGCAACUAGGAGCCGUUCUCAAAAAAUGUAAUUUAAAGGCCUGGAAACAGUAUAACCAUGUAGAUGCUCUGGAAGAUGAGGAAGCAGCAGAGACCUAAGUAGCCUUUUGUGAAAAAUCCAUGCAACUUGUUUUUUCUGCCUAAUUUAAAAAUAACUGUGCUCCCAAAAGAGGAAGUCUUAAACACUCACGGCUUCUCAUGAUGAAAAGAACACCGUGUGCAUAAUCACAAUGAACGUUUUCCUUCCCCAUGUGCCUCAGGUGUGGAAGGGGGAAGCAAAGUCUGGCUCCUCCAUCUGUGUUGAGACUGCAAAACUGCCAAUAAACGUGCCAAAUAGCUGCCUGUUUGGCCUCAAUCCUACAACCAACUUCCCCUCUCUUUUUUUUUUUUUUAUUUUUAUUUUUUGGGGGUGUGGAUUCAAGUUGAAGUCAGUAGCUUUGGCUGUCUUGGUGCAGAGGUCUUCUUCAGGGGUACAGGGGUAGAACCAGGCUGUUGGCUCUGAGUUACGGAGGGCUCUGCGCAGGGUGCGUUUAGUGAAGCCGUCUGGUUGGUACGGCUUUUGGUACAUUGGUGAUCCUGUUUGCUAACUUGCUGACUUGUAGGACGUUCAUCUGUGUAAAAAAUUCUUUUAUCUUGUGUCCGUAUUGCCAGGUAGCAGCCGGGUAAGGCAGAAGAUCUUAUUAGGUACAUGAUUUUCUUAAGGUUAAACUAUAAAUAAACUAUAAAGCUUUUCUUGAUAUUUUUAAUGCUGUGGAGUGCAUGAUUACUGGCCUGUAGUCCACUCGUGGAUGGAAGUAACAUUCCCUCUGCCUUAGUUGUGCCAAGUUACCAAAGGGAGAAGAAAUGUUUCGCUGCAUGAAGCAGCUUGCCGAAAUUCCUGACCUCCCCAGAGGUGCAGGGCUUGUGCUGUCCCGGACCCGGCCUCUGAGGCUGUGUGGGCUGAGUUGUCCCUUUGCGUGACUUUUCUUGACGGAGCAGAAAACAGCAGCACUGGAAGCUUUCUGGAAAGAUCUUUUGGGGGACACCUUUGGACAGGGUGAACCCUGUGGUAACAGACUGCCAGGGAGGAGGAUUGGAAUGUCGGUAUUUUGGUUGUCUCUGAUGUUUUUGACUGUGUUUUGUUGUGUUACAACAUUGUGCUGCCUGUGAGAGACACGUGAGGGCAGGGUGCACGGAAAAUGUAUUCUUGCUUUGUUUGCCCUUUGUCUGUAAGGGGUACUGAAAGCUUUAGGAAAUAUGAGACACCAGUGUUUGCUAGGGAAUCAUGUGCAAACGAGCAGGGAGAGGUUAUAUUGUGCAUAUUCUAGUGUGACCAGAAGCUUCAAAUGAACUCUAGCACUUCUUUUUUUUUUUUUUUUUUUUUUUUCAUUUUUGGUAUUUUAAUAGUAUGUUUAACAGAUGUAUAGGAAAAAAAUUAGGAUGUAUUACUUAAAUGACCAUGCAUGUCUUCAAUAAUUUGUUAUGAAAUGCAGAGUAAGUUCCAAUUACAGUAUUAAUCAUUUCAUAAUUUCACAUUUCUGAAAGAGAAAGUGAAUUAAAAAAUACUAGCCUCAAUUAUGAUUGCUUAGUGGAGCAUAUUAUUAAACAGUUCUUUUGUGAACUGAAAUUGGCAGCUGAGCCUACCUUUACAGUCCAAGUUCUACUUUUGGCAUGUGUAAACACUAACUAUUAGUAAAAUACAGAAGAAUUUGUCAGCUUAAUCAUUGGACUAUUAGAGGCUGCCAGUUAAGGCAGGUGGGAUUACUGUGAAGAAAAUUGUUUCAGUGAAGGCUCCUGUGUUACAGGUAAGGUGUUAAUUAAUUAGUAAAGCAAUACUAAAGACAUCGCUAGAUGGUUAGAAUAGCUCAACCAAAUGCCAGUCGUAUUAUUAAACACUGAAUUGUGUGCUGUGUUAGAAGUUUCUGACUAUGUAUUUUAAGACCAAAUGUGAUGUUAGUGACUUUGAAAUUGGCUUUUAUGAUAGUUGGAACUAAGCAUGGCAUGUUGGUGGCACUAAUUUUGGUUUUAGCAUAGUGCUUUAUAGUUUCUGAACUUUUUUUAAUUAUUUUACUUUUUUGGUGGAAAUUUUUGAGACCUGUUUUCUAUUUGUAUUGUUCUUACUAUAAAUAUAUAUUUAAUUAUUUUCUUUCCGCAUUCCACUUUGUUGCACACUUUGCCUGGAAUAAAAGCUCUUCGGGAGAAUCCUGCUAAAAAUCUCUGUUUGCAAAUGCAGAAUAGUAGAUAACGUUUGCACCUUCAUCAGGUGCAGAGCGCUGAAGGGAUGAUGUCUGUAUCCUAAGAGCAUCCCACCCUCGUGGGCCCCGUUUAACUAGUGACAAGAAGGAACUGUAGCCACUGUGCAGGUGUUUGCUUUCCUUCUGUGCGGCGUUUGAGCCUAAGCCGAGGUAGCAAGCCGUGCGUUGCUGAGGCUGCUCCCCAGUGAGCCUCGUGUCUCCAAACCCAGAAGCCAAGCGGUAUCGUAUUCUUGUGUUGCUGUUGCAGUUUACAUCGAGUAAAAAAGCGUGAUGGAGGUCAUUGUACCUCUGUAUCGAGAGCGCUCGGGGCUUGCUUUCCUGUAGCGCCUGGUAGCAUGACGUCACUUUGGUGUAUGGCUGUACAUGAGCGGAAGGGUGUCUCGUGUUGUAAAACUUGUCUGUGGCUACAGGCGGAGUGCGGCACGCAGAGUAAUUAAGAAUCCUGGAUCUUAGUAUUGUUAUCUGUGUUUCUUUUAUGUGCUUACUCAUCUAUCCCUUCUGCUUCUGUAAGUGUUUUAAGAUGUGAAAAGUCGGCACGGUUCCCUCACCUAGGAACAAACAGAAGCAGGAUGUGGGAAAAAAUCAAGUGCUGUAAACUCUGUCACAUGAGGAAGUGUGCAGUUAAAAAAAAAAAAAAAAAAAGAAUUAAAUGUGGGUCUCCUGAGUCACAGCGCAGAGCCUUAACUAAGAGGCUCUUUGCUCAGCUCUGCAGGUGAGAGGGGAGCCUGGUCAUUACCGCUCGCUGCAGUACUCCAGUUGGUGCUAAUUCUUGUUGCAGAUGCUGUUUGCUGUGUGUUUCGCUUGCUUCGCCGGUGUGAUUGCAUUUUAUAUUCCUUGAGACUCUGUUUUGGUCUGUGCACGCUGGAGGCUGAACUUCCCCUCUCUUGUGAUUCAAAAUGUUACAUUAUUGAUUGCAAGAGCGUGAAAAAGCAGAGUCAUCCCAUGCAGCUCUCAGACAGAACAGGCAGUGUGGCAGUCUGCUGUUUAUCAUUGCUUCCCUGUGCAUAAAAAUUAUUUAUCUAGAAACAACUGAGAUUAUUUUGUAGUGUUAAAGUGAUUCAGCCAGGAAGAAUCAAUUUUUUGGCAGCUGGUACUUCUGUUACACUUGCAUCGAUUGUUUAUUAGACCCUCUUGAUAGGAAUUUUUACCCUUCACCAAGUAGUAACUUUAACAUAUUUUCUAUCACGCUGCUGUUAGAGUUGAGCAGAGCAGUCAAAUUGCUGAUGAAACUUUGGCCUGGCUUUUGGUUGCAUGGGCAGUUCAGCCUUCUGGCUUCAGGGAGACUAAAGUUCCAGGUGCUAAUUGUGCUUUUCUAGGAAAAACUUGCCUACCUGCUGCUAAAGGGCAAAUCGGCUCGAGGGCGUUUUGAAAAAAGGUGACACUAGAACAUGCGCUGCUGCUGCUGCUUGAACUUUGGGGGUAUGCUGGAGCCAUCACCCUCUACAUACGUUCACAUACUUUCUUUUUGCUGUGCAUUUCAAGUUAAUAAAAGGUAUUUCAAAGUAAUUUAAUAUGAAAAGGUUGAAUGAAAUACUGUAGUUGAACCUUUUCUUUUUUUCUUUUGUUCCCCCCAAAAGAAUUUUUUGAGAUGGGCAGUUAGGAUCAUAAUGGGAUUUGGGAAGCAUUCAUGAAAGAGGAAGCACUUUCCUCAACCCACUUAAGCUUGACUGGGUUUGGCAUUUGUCUCCACUGAAGAAAAGAGUGAUUGAAAUUCCUUGUCUGAUUUAAAGCAAGGACUCAAACUUGAAACUCCAACCUCUCAGAUGAGUGCUUAAAUCACUAGGCCAUUAAAUAUUCUAUUUUCCUGUUUCAAAAGUGCGCUAACUGUAGUACUCGCUUGACUAGGCAAGGAAGCAGGUAUCCCCUCUGCUGAGGGGAAUACCCAAACCACAGAGAUGCACUUUCGUUUUCUCUCGCUGAGAGAGAGUCUGUAACUGCAUACAGUGAAAACCAGCAAAGAGUAGGGAAGGUGCACCCAGUUAUAGAGAAUAACUUGGUACGGUUGGGGUGUGUUGUCGAAAGAGAAGAAACCCAACUGCAUCCUAAGAGCUGCCUGUGGGGUGUGCAAGAGUGACACCUACACAAUCUCCAUCCCGUAAGCUGUGCUCAAGUUUCCCUUAAUUGUCUAUUUCCCCCUCAGCACGUGCCUUUGAAACAGGCAUGUGUCAUAAAAAACCCCCCAACUUUUCCAAAUUGAAUCAAAUCCUUGUUCUUUUCUAGGCAACUCAAAGUUUUACUUCAAAAAGAGGCAGAAGAAUAUAAAAUCUAUUAGUAAAUUUUUGAAAAAUUCUAGAAAAGU